AAUGUAUAGUUUUGUGGCCUGUUAUUAUUAUUACUGACCAAGAGUAAGAGAGAAGAAUGCAAUCGUCUAAUGAAAAAGCCUCUAAACUUUUGAGUUUUCUUUUGAUUAUAGUAUUUGUUAACCAUGUAUUUUGCGACGGAAAUGGAACCAGCUCCGAUUUGAAUCUCACAGUUAGCAUAUCUCCGCAUCCAUUAGCUGUAGAGACAAGCUUCAAGAUUCCUUCUCCAUUACCUGUAGAGACAAGUUUUAAGUUUCCUUCUCCGUUGCCUGUUAUCCCUCCGGGUGGUGAGAAAAACUUCGGGAAUGGAAAGAUAGAUCUUGGAGGUCUUGAGGUGAUCCAAGUCUCCAUCUCAGAGUCAACGUCACAGAGGGUAUGGAGAGCAUUCGAGGGAGGGCCCGACAACAUGGGAGUCAGCAUCUUUGAACCCAUCAAUCUUCCUGCUGGUUUCUUCACACUUGGUUUCUAUGCACAACCCAACAACCGUAUGCUUUUCGGUUGGGUUCUUGUUGCAAAAGACGUAUCCGGGAAUAGCUUGAGACCACCCAUUGACUACAUGGAACUCGGUAACACUACCUCCGUCGUCGUCAAGCAAGAUGGGCCAGCAUAUUUUUGGCAGCCUUUAUGUCCCAACGGGUAUGGAGCGGUUGGCGUGUUUGUCACUACUUCUCCGGUGAAGCCAUCUUUAAGACAAGAAUCAAUAAGCUGUGUCAGAUCGGAUCAUACGGAACAAAUGAGCGAAGCCGAUGCAUGGGUAUGGGGGAUAGAAGGAGUUACUGUUUCUAGUUUGAGACCUGCAAACAGAGGAACAGAGGCAGAUGGUGUGUACACAGGGACAUUCAGCUUUCAGCAACUAAAUUUUCCUCUUCCGUCUUUGUCCUGCCUGAGAAAUACAAAAUUUGACUUGUCUAGCAUGCCAAGCCAAGAUCAGACUAGAGAUUUAUUUCGAGCCUAUUCUCCUUUGAUUUAUUUUCAUCCGAAUGAGGAGUUCCUUCCUUCCUCUGUCGAUUGGGUUUUCUCCAACGGUGCCUUGUUAUACCAGAAAGGUAACGAAUCUAACCCCGUCCCGGUUCAACCCAACGGUUCAAACCUUCCGCAAGGCGGCUCGGACGAUGGCUUAUACUGGUUGGAUUAUCCAGCCGAUGAGAGUGCAAGGGAAAGGGUUAAGAGGGGAGACUUAGGGAACACAAAGGUGUAUCUACACAUCAAACCAAUGUUUGGAGGCACUUUCACUGACAUUGUCCUCUGGAUAUUCCUUCCUUUCAACGGCAAUGCCCACCUCAAGAUUUUAUUCAUGAAGAGCCUCUCCCUAGGGAAUGUCGGUGAACAUAUUGGAGAUUGGGAACACGUUACCUUGCGGAUCAGCAACUUCAACGGCGAAUUGUGGCGUGUCUACUUCUCUGAGCACAGUGGAGGAAGUCUAGUGGAGGCAUGCGAUCUAGAGUUCCAAGGUGGAAACAAGCCUGUGGCUUACGCGUCUCUUCACGGACACGCAAUGUUCUCAAGACCCGGACUGGUGUUGCAAGGCCAAGACGGGAACGGCAUAAGGAAUGACAUGGCGAGAAGUGAUAAGUUCUUUGAUACUAGUACUGGUUAUGAGGUGAUUGCGGGACAAGGAAUCGUGGAGCCACCGUGGCUAAAUUAUUUUAGGAAAUGGGGACCAACCGUCCAACAUGACCUUGAAAAGACCAUUGACGGUUUUGCCAAGACAUUGCCCGGAUUUUUGCGUAAGAAAUUCCGUGAGCUCACUGACAAAAUACCUCAUGAAGUCCUUGAAGAAGAGGGUCCCACUGGACCCAAAGUCAAACAGUCUUGGAACGCUGAUGAAUAAUAUUCAUUCACUCAU